AGCUGAUGUGUUAUUCCUUUUCUGCAUCGAACGAUCAGGAAGUUUGUGUUCUCUGCGUGGCUGAGAAGUUUUUCACCUACUAGGACGGGGGUGGGGGGAGGGGGGGACAGGUGUCCCCUAGAAUAGACUGCAAACUGCAGCCUGCGUCCGGCCAUAACCCAGAAGUAACGUAAGUUACAACGUUAAAGACAUUGUGCUAGUUGCUAUGGAGAAUAUAAAAACCCAAGAAGACAAUAUCCUUGCCCUCAAGAAGUUUACAGUUGAGAGACAGCCAUACCAAAAGAAAGACAAUAAUAAAUACUUUAAAGGAAAAACAGGUGAGAAUGACCACUUUAACUCACCGAGCCCGUCGCACUGAAGUAGGCAAGAACUCUGAAAAGAAGGUGGAAAGUGAGGAAGACACUAAUCAAGACAGGAGUCCAGAUAAUGAAGACUCUGGAGACUCUAAGGAUAUCCGCCUCACCCUUAUGGAAGAAGUACUGCUCCUGGGACUAAAAGAUAAAGAGGGUUACACAUCUUUCUGGAAUGACUGCAUAUCAUCUGGCCUGCGAGGGGGCAUCCUGAUAGAGCUGGCCAUGCGGGGUAGAAUCUAUCUGGAACCCCCCACCAUGCGUAAGAAGCGAUUACUAGACAGAAAGGUACUGCUAAGGUCAGACAGCCCAACAGGUGAUGUUUUACUGGAUGAAACUCUCAAACACAUCAAAGCAACUGAACCCACAGAAACUGUCCAAACAUGGAUAGAGCUGCUAACUGUUCUUUUCCUCAUAGGUGAGACCUGGAACCCCUUCAAAUUGCAAUACCAGCUGAGAAAUGUAAGAGAGCGAAUUGCAAAGAACCUAGUAGAGAAGGGUAUUCUAACCACUGAGAAGCAAAAUUUCCUCCUGUUUGACAUGACUACUCAUCCAGUGACGAAUACAACAGAGAAACAGCGAUUAGUGAAAAAACUUCAAGAUAGUGUCCUAGAGCGGUGGGUAAAUGACCCUCAGCGUAUGGACAAGCGAACUCUAGCACUCCUGGUGCUAGCCCACUCUUCCGAUGUGCUAGAGAAUGUCUUCUCUUCUCUGACAGAUGACAAGUAUGAUAUGGCAAUGAACCGAGCCAAGGACCUAGUAGAACUGGACCCUGAAGUAGAGGGGACAAAGCACAGUGCCACAGAAAUGAUCUGGGCUGUGUUAGCAGCCUUCAAUAAAUCCUAAAGCCAACAAGUGGGUUUCUCCUUUUUCCCCUACUAGCUGGUGACUGUCAGAGACAUCAUCACUGAGUUCUAUGUGAUGAGAUGUUCUUCAUCAGUUUUUUUUUUCCUUCUUUUGAAUCAGGCUCAUGAUUUAGAGAGAGCAAUUUCAGGGCUUCUCCACAGACCUUAACCAUUAUAAGUAGACUUUAUCUCUCCCUAUACUUCCAUUUCAGAGGUGAAUAAACUGGGUGAACACACACACACUGAAUAAACAUUUUCUUUCAUUUCUUGGUUUACUUUCAUCCAAUGUGCUUUUGGAUAAGCAGGAAUAUCUAAGUAGGAUUUGGAGUUCUCCAGCCACAGAAUGUGAAUGAGAUGUAGAGCAAACCAUUUACAGUCAUGGGUCGCUUAACGACGAGGACAUGUUAUGAGAAAUGCGUCAUUAGGUGAUUUCCUCAUUGUGCGAACAUCAUAGAGUGUGCUUACACAAACCUAGAUGGUAUAACAUACUACCCAUCUAGACUAUAUGGUACUAAUCUUAUGGGACCAUUGUCGUAUAUGCAGUCCGUCAUUGACCGAAAUGUCAUUAUGUGGUGCAUGACUGUAUUACAUUUUUUAAAGUUUGUUUGCUAUUUUAAAUACGUGUUUUCAGUCUUUGUCUCUCAGACUCUGCUAAGUAAUGUAGCUUAUUGAAAUAACUAGUUGUCUCUUUGAAUAAGGGGCAAUGGAAACAAAACUAAUUUUUGGAGCAGAUGAUCUCUGGGAUUGUAUGUCCCACUAGUGAUUUUCUCAUCUUUCCUUUUCUUACCUAAUGAGACUAUUCCAAAUUUGAUUACCUGGUUCUCACAGUCCUAGAACCAGAAAUAUAUUCUACCCUCUUUGUUAGCAUUAUCCUACUUGAUCAUUCAUUAGGACAAAAGUCGAAAUGAACAAAAUGUAUCUCUCAACCACUUCCUUCAUGCAAUCAGCAUUACAAUUUGUAAGGAAGGGAGGUGGCAUCAGAAUUUUCUGAUUCCUCCAGACUAUUUUAAGUGCCUCUGCCCUGAUUGAAUUGAGGGACUUGUAAAUUUCAGUUGCUGAAUAGCAGCAUCCUGACUCCAGACAGUAUAUCUAAACUCCAGAUCUUCUUGUUCCCUGUUUUUUGAUUUCCUACAUAAAUUGAUAGAUUCUGUCUAUAUUUAAGGGUUCUGGAAGUAGUUUUCUCUAUAUUUAAUCCACAGAUAUCCUCCUAGUCAUUAGUCUUGUUUCAACACAACCAUGUUUCUAGCCAAAUCUCUAAAAUGUUUUUCAAUUUAGUAGUGAGUGCAAAGAGAAGCUUAUUAAGAAAAAUCCUAUUUAGAGGGGCAAUUGGGUGUCAAAAGCAUGCUGCUGAUAUAAAGUCCAGUCCAGUAUUUGGGAAUAUAAAGAGGACAGGCACCAAAUUGUGCUAAUGUUGAGCAUUUAUUAUGCUGAUACUUUUCAUGGAUCCUGCCUUUUGACUGUUAGAGAGAAACAGGCUGUCAAAAGGCUAAGACAGAGGACCAAGACCUGAUAUCAGAUCUUCCUAAUCAGAAGUAAUCAAAUGAAUGAUUAUAACUUCCAUCUCCUCCCCCAUAUGUGUCUAGCCCCACAGAAUUCCCCAACUCAAUUAACAUUUUUUUCGUUUUUUCACUUCAGGUAUCACUUAGGUGACUAGAGAUACAAAUUUUAACGUGAAACAAAUUCUAAAUGUGAGGCUAAGCAGAGCUUCAGUCUGGCUGUCUAAAAGUACAAAAACCAGUCCAUGUGUUAUCUCUACCUGACUUAGUUUUUUUUUUCCCAUUUGAACAAUUCGGUGUGAAUUGAAACCAGGUUUUCCUGUGGAAAGUCUCAGCUUGACUGGAGGGGUAGAAGUUGAGUUGAGUUCUUUCUUACAACUCUUGGUCAGUAUUUAUUUUUAUAUUGUAUCUCAAUAAGAUGAGGAUGUCUUCAGUUUGAAUCUGCAUAAUGUUCACGGCAAAACACCUUCUCAUUUAAUGUAUGUGGUCUUCUGAUUUCUGUAUAAUAAAGCUUAUUGGCUCUCUGGUC